AUGAUUGAAAAUAGAAAUGGAAUCAGCGAAAGGCUUUAUUUUCACCCAGAUGACAUUAAUUACUCCACAAAUCUUAAACGUGGAGCUAUUGAAUUAUUACAAUUUAAUAACAGUAUCAUCAAGAGCAAUCCUGAGAAGGGUGUAACUGUGGUCGAGGCUUGUAUCAGGGGAAGAUGCCAUGUUACUUAUUAUCCAUGCCGUGUUAUGAACAAUUGUUACGAUAAAAUAAAUACUGGUUUACGCUGUAGCAAUCGACCGCUUUAUCCUUCAAAGGCUUACUCUAGUUCUAAAGGAGUACCUCAGAUAACUGAAUCAGCUAGUGGUCGGCAGGAGCUAUCAUACCUAAAAGAUAAAGCUUGCGACUUUCUUCUCCCAAAUUAUUUUAGUUAUGACGAAAGUUCUAUCCUUUAUCAAACCGAUUUGGAGACCUUUAAUAAAUUUGACUAUAUCAGUUAUAUAUUGAGUCUAAAAGGCAACGGAGAAUUGAAAAAGCCAUCAAUCAAUUUAAGGGAGCUAUCGGAAGAGUAUAUUGACGAAGAAGUUUUUGAAAACGAAAUGGUAUAG